UCUCACUCAAAUAAUUAAAUACCUGGAUAUAAAUGUCCUUGUCCACUUGAUAAGAUGUCAUUUUCACUUUGAUUGAAUUUUGGGUUUUGUCUUCUCCACCUAUUCCUCUGCCCUCCUCCCUCGGCUAAUUACCAUUUUAUUUUUUGGUAGCGGGGGUGGUGGGUCUACUUUAGUUUCGCUGCAAAAAAAUGGAAAAUUCAUGCAAUGAACGCCUUGAUUUUGGCAAAAUGGGUUAUGGAUGCAAACACUAUAGGAGAAGAUGCAAGAUCAGGGCACCUUGCUGCAAUGAAGUCUAUGAUUGUCGCCAUUGUCACAAUGAAGCAACGAGCUUGUUCCACAAGAUCUUUGAUCGGCAUGAACUUGUUCGACAUGAUGUCAAGCAGGUCAUUUGCUCAGUUUGUGAUACAGAACAGCCAGUUGCUCGCGUUUGUACAAAUUGUGGUGUAAAUAUGGGAGAAUAUUUCUGUGAAGUGUGCAAAUUCUAUGAUGAUGAUAUAGACAAAGAGCAGUUUCAUUGUGAUGAUUGUGGAAUCUGCAGAGUUGGUGGUCGUCAGAACUUUUUUCACUGCAAGAAGUGCGGCUCUUGCUAUUCAGUUAGUUUACGUAAUAACCACUCGUGUGUGGAGAACUCCAUGCGGCAUCACUGUCCCAUUUGUUAUGAGUAUCUCUUUGAUUCUCUUAAAGACACAACAGUAAUGAAAUGUGGGCAUACAAUGCACACUGAGUGCUACCACGAGAUGAUAAAGCGUGACAAAUGCUGCUGUCCCAUAUGUUCCAGAUCAAUAAUAGAUAUGUCGAGAGCUUGGAGACGAAUGGAUGAGGAGAUUGAAGAGACAAUCAUGCCUGAAGAUCUUAGAGACAAGAAGGUUUGGAUUCUAUGUAAUGACUGUAAUGAUACAACCGAAGUAUUCUUCCACAUUAUCGGGCAGAAAUGCCGACACUGCGAAUCAUACAACACCCGUAUGAUUGCACCUCCAGUUCUUCCUCAAUAACAAUUUUCUUACUGGAAUAGCUGAUUGUUGCACGCUCGAACCUGGUGCCAGGGGCGAGAAACAAGAGGAUGAUUUAUGGUGUGAUCUUCACCAAUUUGAUUCUUUCCUAUCCUUUCUACAUGAUUUGCCGCCAUUGCAUCACAACUCAAUUUGCAUUGUGGAUAUAUUUGUAAUAUUAUUCUUGGGGUCCAUUAUUCUUUCUCCAAAUGAUGUGGAGUAGAAAACCAACUGAUUGAUACUGGACUUAUAUGUACCAUACAUGUUUAAUUAAUGUAUCAAAACAAAGUAUAUUUUAGCACUAUUGUGUUAAAAUUGCCGAAUUGGAUGAAGGUACUAAAAUUCAUGUAAAACCCUGAUGGGUCUAGCCUGCUGUAACAUACACAAGAUUUAUAAUCAAUGUAAAUAUGUAUGAAGGAGCCUUUUGGCUG